AUAGCCAAUCCCCAAGGAUUGUUCACAGUAAUAGACCGCUGGUCUUUCGACACCGUUUCCAACGCCUUUAUUGCUGUAGACACAUUUUUCACACUGGGGGGUUUCCUCGUGUCGUACCUUAAGCUGAAACCGUGGAUGGAGAAAGGAAGGAGCGUCAACUGGCGUCUGUUCUACUUUCAUCGUAUCUGGAGGCUGACACCCCCCUACAUGCUGAGCCUCGUCUUCUUCAUGGGAUUUCUCAAGUUCUUCGGCUCCGGCGUGAAUUGGUCCAAUAUCCUGCCUGCAGAUGCGGAAAACUGUGAGAAAUAUUGGUGGACCAACCUUCUUUAUGUCAACAAUCUUUUGUACACAAGGACCCCGGCAUAGCUGGUACCUGGCUAAUGACAUGCAGUUCUACUUGCUCAGCCCUCUCCUGCUUAUUCCAUUAUACUAUAAUAUGUACGCAGGCCUUGUAGUGUGUGGGACGGUUCUGUUGUCCAGCUGGAUAGUGACUGGUGUCCUCAGCAUGAGCAGAGGUUGGGUGGCUUCGGACUUUGCCAUGGUGUUCACCAACCAACAAGUUAUGAACAGAGGUAUUGGCUAUUACGUAACUCCCUACACCAGAGUAGGACCCUUCGUCAUCGGAAUUUUGGCCGGUUACCUCAUGGCGCGACACGGCGGCAAGAUCGCCAUGAAGUGGUACGUGGUGGCCAUUGGCUGGGCCGUUGCCGUGGCAACUGGCCUUGCGGUUGUUUACGGUAUCCAUGGCGACAUAACUGCUAAGGACCCCAGCUCUACAGAAUUUGCCGCUCUCUACAACGCUUUGUCCAGGUCGGCUUGGUCUGUCGCCAUCAGCUGGGUCAUCAUUGCCUGUGCUUCGGGAUACGGAGGUCCUGUGAACUGGUUCCUGUCAUGGAAACCGUUGAUCGUGCUGAGUCGUCUGUCCUAUCUCUGCUACCUGAUCCACCCGUACAUCAUGUACAUCUACUUUGGCAACCAGGGAGCUGCCUUCUUGCUCACCAACUCCAACAUGAUUAAAUCGGCUAAGUCGCGAGGGAGCUCGUGCAAAUUGGGCAAGGCACGUUUUCCAUAUAGUCAGGCCCAGGCGUUUAGCUUAGUCAAGAUUUCAAGAGCAUUUCUGGGAGGACGCUGCAAAAGAGCAAAUACCGCGGAUCAGACCCACAGUUCAACCACAGCUACAACAGCAUUUAUAUGA